AUGAAUACUUCUACUACAAAAAGAAAGAAUUCCUUUGAUGAUAAAAAUAGUUGUAAAAAAGUAAAACCAAAUGAUGAGAAAGUAAAACUAAGUGAUGAAAAAGUAAAACCAGAUGAUAUUAUUUCUACAUUGGAACUGUUUUAUGAUUCCAAUUCAACAAACGCUUCAAAGAAAACAAAAUUUAUGUCUGAUCUUAACAAAAUGACGUUUCAUCAACGAAAAGUCGUGGAAUCUGUACUUGUAAAACGUGUAAAUGUAUGUGUCAGUGGUCCCGCGGGGUGUGGGAAAUCAUUUGUAUUUGAUUUUUUAAAAGAGUAUGCCCUUGAUCUUCUUAAGGUGAAUAUUACGAUGACGGGUCCUACUGGCAUAUCUGCUGUUAACAUUAACGGCACAACAAUCAAUUCAGCAUUACAACUUGGAGGUUUAAUCAACUAUAAUCAGAUAAACAAAAAAUUAUCAAAGGAAGAGUAUCGUCAAUCGAUACAAAUGAUAAAAAUUUUAUUAAUUGAUGAAAUAUCGAUGGUUAGUGUCAAAAUGUUUAAAGCUAUUUCGUAUAUAUUUGAAAAGGUUCACAAAAAUAAUAAAUCAUUCGGUGGUAUCCAAGUUAUCAUUGGAGGUGAUUUUUUCCAAUUACCUCCCGUGGAUGAGAUGAUCUUUGACUCAUUAUAUUGGAAAGGAUUAAAUUUGGAAUAUAUUUAUUUGAAGGACGUUUUCAGACAAAAGGAUAAGGAUUUUGUUAAAGUGUUAAAUAGUAUUCGAUGUGGAAAGUUGUCCACAAAUGAAUUAAAUUAUUUAAAGAGGUUUCAAUCACCUAACACUAAUUAUAAUGGAGCUAUAAAAUUAUAUUAUCGUAAUAGUGAUGUUAAUAGGGUAAACACCGAGGUUUAUAACGCUUUGAAAUCUACAGAAGUUAAAUUUACUGCUAGAGAUAGUUCUGAGUAUCAUAGGAUAAUUAAUGAUUUGGAAUUAAAGUAUAAUGGAAGUGAUAAAGCUGAAAAGAUUAAGGAAUUGAAAUCAAAACGUGAUGAAGCAUGCAAGAAUUUCUAUAGGGAAACUUUAUCACAAAAAGAACUGUAUUUGAAAUGUGGGGCACGUAUUCAAGUUAUCAAAAAUUUAAAUGACAGGGUGGCGAAUGGUAUGUUGGGUACUUUACGUGGUUGGUACAAACGAGAUUUUAAUGUAAAGAGAAAUGAUAAUUUAGAUAUUUUAGAUACUUUUCGUAUGUAUAAGCGUGACUUAGGUGAGGGUGUAAGGUAUGAGGAUUAUGACCCAUUGGUGAGUUUAGACAAAUACCCUGAUAGAUAUUUUCGUAUUCCAAAGGUUAGCUUUGACUAUCUUGUUUCAAGGGCGAGUAUUGGUUUCGGUGAUCUUGAAGGUCCUGAUAUCAAAGGCUAUUCAAGGAUUCAGUAUCCUUUGAAAUUAGCGUACGCUUCAACAGUACACAAGUCUCAGAGUUUAUCUAUUCCCAAAGUAGAUGUUUACGCCGAUGGGUUUGAUCUUUCACUAUUCUAUACUGCGUUAUCAAGGGUUAUUGAUCCUUUAGGUUUGAGAUUGUAUAAUUUCAAUCACAAAUUUCUUUUUGUGAAGAUCAAACAGGGCAAAGAACGGAUCGACAAAUUGAAAAAAUUCUAUAACGAGUGUUUUAAAAUAGAUCCAUCUAAAGUUUAA